AAGAACAACGGGGUAAAAGCAGCCACUAUCGUGUAUAUUAUACAACAGCGGUAUUUAUUAAUCAGAGCGACAUCCACAUAUUAAUCCAUUCGUCGGUACUUCCCACAGGAUCAUUCCCUGGUAGUGUAAAAGCUGGGGGAGGGAGUCGCUGAUGGUGUAGGGGUACACUUGAGUGCCAACACCGUGAGUUCAAUUCCCACAUAUGAAUGUGAAUGUUUGUGUGUGAGUGACGGUGUGAAUGUGUGUGUGAAUGAAGAAAGAAAAAAAAAGAAGCUGGGGGGAUGGUUGUCCGUGUCUGCGCACUGAGACUGCGCAGAAGUGCAUUCAACUUCUGGUCUGCUUCCGCGGUUGGAAUCCAGCACUCUUUCUUCGGUGCACAUCAUAACAACAAUUACAAACUUGACCAAGAAGAUGUCCAGCAAGGUCGCCGUGGUAACGGGGGCCAACAAAGGCAUCGGCAAGGCCAUCGUGCAGGCGCUGUGCAAGGAAUUCCAGGGAGACGUAUACCUCACCGCCAGGGACGUGGGGCGUGGGGAGGAGGCCACAGCAUCCUUGAGAGCAGAGGGUUUGAAAGUCAACUUCCACCAGUUGGACAUCAAUGAAAUCAGCAGCAUCGCAAAGGCUGCCGACUUCUUCAAACAAAAGUACGGCGGCGUGGAUGUGCUCGUCAACAACGCCGGCAUCGCUUUUAAAGUGGCCGACCCGGCGCCGUUUGGCACGCAGGCCGAGGUGACGCUGCGGACCAACUACUUUGCCACACGGGACACGCUGACCCACUUCCUGCCGCUCAUCAAAUGCGGAGGCCGCGUAGUGAACGUGUCGAGCUUUGUGAGCGUGCGCAGCCUGCACAAGUGCAGCGAGGAGCUGCAGAAACGUUUCCGCAGCGACGACAUCACCGAAGACGAGCUGACAACACUCAUGACGCACUUCGUCGAGCUCGCCAAGGACGACCGGCACAAGCAGGCAGGAUGGCCCGACACGGCCUACGGAGUCUCCAAGAUCGGCGUGACGACUCUGUCCAUGAUCCACGCGAGACGUCUGUCCAAAGAGAGAGCAAACGAUCAGAUCCUGGUAAACGCGUGCUGCCCCGGCUGGGUGCGCACCGACAUGGCGGGCUCCAAAGCCCCCAAGUCUCCUGAAGAAGGCGCUGAGACGCCAGUCUUCUUGGCUCUGCUUCCCGUCGGAGCUUUGGAGCCUCACGGCAAGUUUGUGUCGGACAAGACGAUCCAGACCUGGUGAAGUCCGCCGUGUCACCGUCUGGAAAACAAAACGCUACUCUGAACAGUUACAAGGGAAUAAUCAAUAAAUGUGAAACAAGAACGUCCGAUGUGCGAAACGUGGCAAGACCCUAACACCGUCUUGCGUGAAUAAAGACAAGAAUGAUUUGAA